AUGUCCUCUACAGGGUCCUCCGCUACUUUGAACUCAGUUUCCUCCGCUUCUACUUCUCCUUCGCCUUCAUCCUCAGCGACCGGUAACACCAACACGGGCACGCCUAUCAAUCUUACCGGUUCUUCCCUCCCUUUCAGCUUUCUUAUAACGUUCAUCGCUAUCUUUCUCUUUUUCCUUGGAUGUGGUCUCGGAUCUCGUCGCGUUACUCGCUCGCUUCGGCGCAACCUUGGUCUACAAAUCACUCCCGCUGGCGGACCGCCCUCCCAUCAAGCCGACGAGAAACCCAAACUAUGGGACAUAUGUCCGCUACAGUCCCCACCGCCGAUUAAAUCCGAAGGCGGAGGGAACUGCUCCGCAGACAGGUAUGCAUGGGAGAACUUGUCCCCUCUGUCUGCGACCUACGUGCGCACGCCUAUCCACGGUGAGACAUGCGACGUCUCCACGGACUCUGAGCCAGAGCCGCCUCCGCGCGUUCAUUGGGGCGCUCAGGUCGCCUCUCUAUUUCCCAGUGGGAGGAUGAUGCGUACACUCGCCGUUACUCCUGCUCUUGCACGCACUCUCCCCCCACAUCUCGCCAACCACGCACCUACUCGGCGGGUCACACGAGCACAGCCGGAAGUCCGCUGGCGAGGACAUCUACUACCCCAGUUCAUCGCUCGACCCCUCCUUCCUCCUGGUAUGAAUCCACGCGGCUCUCCUCUCGGCGCGGAAGAUGUCACACAGGGACCGGAGCCACCGGUUAGCGGACUUCAGCUUUCCGUCGUGAUAGCCAUGCCAUCGCCGGAGACCUCGCAUGCCAGACGCGCGCAGGAAAAGGCGAGGGGAGAGGGCGUUUACCCCGGUAAAUCCAAGGGGAGCGUGGAGAUCGAAGAGUUCGAGGUCAUUCCUGUGGAGGGGUUAGGCAAUUAUAUGCUCGGUUUCGCUCGUGUGCCAUGGGCGGGAAAGCUUGACGGAUUGGACGGUGCUGGCGGAAAGGGUGAGGCGUUGUAGGUUGUGUAUAGUAUGACACGGUACGGUCCUGUACAUCCAAUUCUUCGUCUUCGUUCUGUACUCAUUACUAGGAGCAGUGUACAUUGUUGUAUG